AUGCACCAGACGAGGAUUCAGCAGCAGCAGAUGGUUCAGCUGCAGCUCCAGCAGCAGCAGCAGGCUCAGGCUCAUGCCCAGGCUCAAGCUCAGGCUCAGGCCCAAGCCCAGGCCCAGGCUCAGGCCCAGGCUCAGGCCCAGUCCAUCCAGCACAUGGUUCAACAGCAGCAGCAGCAGCAGCAGGUUCAGGCCCAGACUCAGCCUCAGCCAGGUCAGAUGCCUCCACACUCUCAGCAGCAGCAGCAGCCCGGCAUGGUGCCUCAGUCUCUGGCCGGACCAAUGACGUCGGCUCAGCAUGUUCCCAUCAACUCGCUCAGUCAGCAGCAACAGCAGCACCAGCUCAAGAUCCAGGCCUUCCAGGCCCGUGCAGCCUUGCAGCAGCAGCAGCAGCAGGUCCAGCAGGCGCAGCAAGCAGCCCAGCAAGCUGCAGCUCAGGCGCAGCUCAACGCAGCUGCUGCAGCCGCCGCCGCCGUACCUGGACAGGUGAGACUGCAGCCACCUCAAGCUCAGGUGCUUCAUGUGUAGUAAAUGUGAAUGAAGUCACAUGACGCAAGCAAACAUUGUGUUCCAGGGUUCCCAUUGUCAUGGAAAACCUGGAAAAGUCCUGGAAAUAGUGAAAAUAAUUAAAAGUUUUGGGAAAGUCCUGGAAUUAGUUGUUUGUAAUGACAUCGUUACAGUAAUCGUCUGUGGAUAAUCUUCCACAUAAUGUAACAUAACGGCCAGUUUA